GAAACUGUUGGUCACACGCAUACAAAUCUUUUCCUAUCAAAACUACUGCCUCUCUGAGUUUUGGCACUCAUCAAGAGAGGCAUGCCUUCUUUGAGCAAGAGUUUUAGCAGUGAAGAUGAAGGCGAUCUCCGGAGAGGACCAUGGACCCUUGAAGAAGACACUCUCCUUGUUCAUUACAUAGCUCGUCACGGUGAAGGACGAUGGAAUUUGCUCGCAAAACAUGCCGGCCUGAGGAGAACUGGGAAGAGUUGCAGACUGAGAUGGUUGAAUUACUUGAAACCCGAUGUCAAGCGUGGAAACCUUAGUCCAGAAGAACAGUGGCUGAUUCUUGAACUGCAUUCUAAAUGGGGUAACAGGUGGUCAAAGAUUGCACAACAUCUACCAGGAAGAACAGAUAAUGAGAUCAAGAAUUACUGGAGAACCAGGGUGCAGAAACAGGCGCGGCAUCUUAAGAUCGAUGCCAAUAGCACAGCUUUCCGGGAUUUUAUUAGAUUAUUUUGCAUGCCUAGAUUGAUUCAGAAGAUUGAGGGAUCUUCAUCUUCAUCAUCAAUUAUGUCGCCUCAGAAUUCAUCAGCGCUUCCUCCACUUUUGGAUUCUGCCUCUAAGCCUAAUUCAACACCAGUAGCAGCUUCACUACUACCUAAUACAGGGCAGGGGCCUAGUACCCUGAGUGAAGCAAUACAGAGCCUGGAUCUCCACGAUCAAAAUUCAGAUUCAUCUGAAUAUAACUGCACAAAUUCAGCCAUCUCUUCACAAAUUUCUCAAUUUUCAAAAUGCCCAACAAGUCCUUUUCAUGUCAUUGGUAAUAAUGUUGAUCAUAACAUACUUGGAAAGGAUUUUUCUGUUGAUAAUGGUUGCUAUGACAUGGAAAGUAUGAACUUGGUGGCCACCUCAUCAAUGGUUGAGAAUUACUCAAUCGGGGAUUUCCCCGUGGACGAUAGCAAUUGGUUUGACAGUGGUUUCUCAGAUAGCCUUUGGAACAUGGGAGGAUAAUGGGAACUUAAAAACUUACAGGAAAGAGGAAGCUAGCUAGUCUUGUUUUUGUCAAAUGGUACUGGCUCAAUUUCAUCUUCUGAUGUUAAUUCUCUCGUAACAUAGCAAGGUUUCUAUUUUUUUUUUCGUCAAUUUAUUUACUUUCAAUUUUAAUUUACAAUCAAAGUUUAAUGAUCCUAGGGAACGGAUUCAGAAUCUCAAGUUGUGUAAACUUAUAUAUUUUCGUUUUGCCCCCUUUAACUACAGAGGGUAGCAUUAUAAUAUUCUUUAUCAUUGCAUAUAUUGUGGUGAUUAGUUUAUCAAUCAACAUGUAAACAAUUC